GCACCGUCGGCGGCCGCCGCCUCUGCCGCUCGCCGACCGGCCGCGCCCAACGGCCGCCGAAGCUUCUGGAAGCCGCACGCCGGGGGGAAGCCCCCGCCGCGGGCGCCACGAGCAGACGCCGACGCGAGGCCGCCGCGGCCGUGGCGGCCCGGGGGGCGGGGCCGGCGCGGGGGCGGGGCCGGCGCGGGGAGGCCGCGUCCGAUUCGCCCCCGGCGCGCAGGCCCCGCCUCGCCGGCGCCAUGGCUCCGCCUCCGCCCUCCCCCUCCAUGGCGCCUCCCGGGCUCAUUCAUUCGGCGCCGGGCCUUGUGGACACCUGCGCGCUCCUCCCGCCGCCGCCCGCCGCCGCCGCCAGCAUGUCGGCCCCCGCCGCCGAGACGCCGUCCGCCAUCCAGAUCUGCCGGAUCAUGAGGCCUGAUGACGCCAACGUGGCCGGCAACGUCCACGGAGGGACCAUCCUGAAGAUGAUUGAGGAGGCAGGCGCCAUCAUGAGCACCCGACACUGUAACAGCCAGAGUGGGGAGCGCUGCGUGGCUGCCCUGGCCCGGGUGGAGCGCACCGACUUCCUGUCGCCCAUGUGCAUUGGCGAGGUGGCCCACGUCAGCGCGGAGAUCACGUACACCUCCAAGCACUCGGUGGAAGUGCAGGUCAACGUGAUGUCUGAGAACAUCCUCACAGGUACCAAGAAGCUGACCAACAAGGCCACCUUGUGGUACGUGCCCCUGUCGCUCAAGAAUGUGGACAAGGUGCUGGAGGUGCCUCCUGUGGUGUAUUCCCGGCAGGAACAGGAGGAGGAGGGCCGAAAGCGCUACGAGGCGCAGAAACUGGAGCGCAUGGAGACCAAGUGGAGAAACGGGGACAUCACGCAGCCCGUGCUCAACCCAGAGCCCAACACGGUGAGCUACAGCCAGUCUAGCCUGAUCCACCUGGUGGGGCCGUCAGACUGCACGCUGCAUGGCUUUGUGCAUGGAGGUGUCACCAUGAAGCUCAUGGAUGAGGUAGCUGGCAUUGUGGCCGCACGCCACUGCAAGACCAACAUCGUCACCGCUUCCGUUGACGCCAUUAAUUUCCAUGACAAGAUCAGGAAAGGCUGUGUGAUCACCAUCUCUGGCCGCAUGACCUUCACCAGCAAUAAGUCCAUGGAAAUCGAGGUCUUGGUGGACGCCGACCCCGUGGUGGACAGCACACAGAAGCGCUACCGGGCCGCCAGUGCCUUCUUCACCUACGUGUCCCUGAGCCAGGAGGGCAAGUCGCUGCCCGUGCCACAGCUCGUGCCUGAGACCGAGGACGAGAAGAGGCGCUUCGAGGAAGGCAAAGGGCGGUACCUGCAGGUGAAGGCCAAGCGUCAGGGUCAAGCGGAGCCACAGGCCUAGGCCCCUCCCAGCCCAGGCCAUGAACCACUGUCAUCACGGCCCGGCCUCCACUCAGAAGCAACCCCCUUGGCCAGACCCCAACUCGCGUUGAGAGCUGGUGUUGUGUGUAUUCGUCUUGCAGUGUUAACCCACCCUCUCCUGAAAUCCUACACACCAAAGCUUUAUUUAUGCCAUCCCGGUGCGAGUGCAAUCAGUGUUGCCCCAGACCCCGGGACCUGGGUAGUGCCCCCGCCCGCACGAGGUGGGACGGGCCUGGCGUACAAAUAAAGCUGC